GUUUUGAACACCAAAAAUAAUCAACUAUGGCUUCUAAAAAUACACAAAUGCCACGUCACACACUUGCAGUCACUGUGGUGGGUGUAUUGGUAAUGAUGCUAAUGCAUUUGCAUUGUUUAGAAGCACAACAACAACCACCAUUAGUGAAGGGGCUAUCUAUGAAAUACUAUGAAACUAGUUGUCCAAAGUUGGAAUCAAUUAUUAGAAAGCAAUUAGAGAAGGUGUUCAAGAAGGAUAUUGGUCUUGCUGCUGCUCUACUUAGAGUUCAUUUCCAUGAUUGCUUUGUUCAGGGUUGUGAUGGUUCGGUUUUGUUGGAUGGAUCCUCUAGUGGACCUGUCGAUAGUGAGAAAACCGCACCCCCAAACUUAAGUUUGAGAGGUUUUGAUGUCAUUGAGGAUCUUCGUCGCCGGGUUCACAAGCAAUGUGGUGCAGGUAGUGUCUCUUGUUCCGAUAUCACUGCCAUAGUUGCCCGUGACGCUAUUGUGUUGACCGGUGGGCCAAGUUAUAGCGUUCCCCUUGGACGAAGAGAUGGAGUCUCUUUUGCAACAAGGAAUGCAACAUUAGCCAAUCUUCCAUCGCCAUUUGUCCCGACUGACACUCUAUUAAGAACCCUUUCUGCCAAAAAUUUUGACGCCACUGAUGCGGUGGCCUUAUCAGGAGCCCACACCAUUGGCGUCGCUCAUUGCCCAUCUUUCACAGGACGCCUUUACCCCACACAAGACGCAACCUUAGACAAAACUUUUGCUACCACACUUAAAGGUGUGUGCCCGGAUGCUAAUACUAAUGCAAGUACCAACCUAGACAUUCGGUCUCCAAAUGUGUUUGAUAAUAAGUACUUUGUCGAUCUCAUGAACAAACAAGGAGUUCUAACAUCUGAUCAAGAUUUGUACACCGAUAAAAGGACUAGAGACAUUGUAACGAGCUUUGCAAUUAAUCAAACGUUGUUCUUUGAGAAAUUUGUAAACGUUAUGAUCAAGAUGGGACAGAUGCAAGUGUUGACGGGUACACAAGGUGAGGUUCGCAAUAGUUGCCAUGUGCGAAACUCAAAUGACUUGCUUAUAUCGACAGUUGUUGAAGGAGACAACAUGUACAAUGUCGAGAGCUUCUAAAGGAAUUUCAUAAAUUGCUUUUCAUUUUCGUGUACUUAGAAUGUUAUCGCUCUAUGUUUUAUCAUUAAGUAAUCGUAUUUUCCUUUGGUAUUUUCUAUGUAAUCAAAUACUUUUGUAAACAACAAAUUACUUGGUGUUUUUUCUAA